AUGAAGCUUGAAAAAGAAUUUAUAGAACGCGAGCUCGCGGAUGAUAGAGUUGUGGAUGAAUUCGUUAUCAAUUUAAAUCAAACUGACAGUGAUAGUGAUUUUUUGAAAGAUGUAGAUUCAGAAGGAGAAGAGGAAGAUAGCAGAAUUUUGGGUGUAGAAUCAGUAGGAGACUCUAUAGUGUGUGAAACCAAUUCUCAUAAGACGUACAUCAAUCUUUAA